AUGAAGCUGCUUUUUUCGCCGUCUUGGGACGCUGCAAGCAGGGCUUCGGCCCUUACCGGCCAGCCGGUCCUUGUCUAUCUUGACGAAAACGACGACAUGGCCCAGAAGCAUCUUUACCACAACACAAACCACGAUUUGGUGGAUGUGCUAAGGAGGAACUUUAUUUGUGUGAAGCCCGACCAGGAGGCGGCUGAAAUCGAGGAACUUAAGGAUUUGGAGUCGCCUUCUUUUACUGUUAUCCGUGGCUCCAUCAAAGAUACGUUCGUGGACGGUGACGUCGAGACCUUCCUCAGAAAGUACGUACCCGAGCUUCCCUCCAAGAAACCAGCCAAAAAACCACAAAGGAGAAUGUCCGAGAAGGAGGAGGACCUCUGCAGAAUACGAGCCCAGAUCGAGGCCGACAAGAAGGAACGGCUUUCCCAGAGACGCUACUCUGUGGAGUCCACCCCAAAAAGACAAAAGUCACCCGUCUCCGCAUCCCAGUGCAAACUCCUGAUCCGUCUUCUUGACGGAGAAACUGUCCAGGGCACUUUCAACUCAUCCCAGACCCUCCGUGACGUCAAGCGCUGGAUAGAGAGCGAAAGAGGCUUGGUGCUCUCCCCUGAAAGAGACGACGCUUUGCCGUCAUUUGCACACACCUCGGCCUUCGCCUUGAACCACUACGCCUUCUGCUACGUGGGCGUCCCCAGAGUCACUUUCACUGCCGGCCAGGAACUCACAAAGCUCAGCGACCUUGGCUUGAGCCCUCGCCUGGCGCUAAUUUUGAAGCCCGUGCAAAACGAAAAAGCCAAACACCUGCCCGGGCUCUGGAGCUCUCUCUGUGGCAAGGUCAAAUUCGUCACCGGCGCCUUGUACACAUUCUUUGACUACGGUCUUGAGGAUGCUGAGAGGGACUUCUCUGACGCUGUGGACGACGCCCAGCCUGCAUUUGUUGUGCCAGAACAGCCCGAGGCUGAAGAGGACACCAAGAAGGAAAACGUCUCUGCUGGUGCCUCCAGAAUGGCUCCAGUGUCUGGCAGAGGCAACCAACUGCAUGUUUUGCACGAUCGGGAGACCGAACAGCGUCAGUGA